GCCUCCCAGAUGUCCCUGAAGGAAAACACAACUUUUUGAUCAACAAAACAGCACUGUUUCAUCGAGUACAGCAUAGUGAUGUCCCUAUCCGCCCUACCGGAAUGGAAGCUGCUUCUGCUGGAGCGAAAGCGAAGAGAGGAAGGCGAGAAAGAGAGAAGAGAGAGAGAGGAGGAGGAGAGGUUGGCAAGCAUGCCUGCCUGGAAGCGAGAGAUCAUCCAAAGAAGGAGGGUGAAGCAGGAUGAAGGUAGAGAGAGAGACAGAGACAGAGAGGGAGGAAAAUAUACACCAGAUGUCCUGGGCAUCACUGAGGACAUAGUGACCGAGCAGAUCUACAAUAAGCUUACAUCUCAUCUCCAGACUGACUCUGGGUCUAAAGCACAAAAUCAGGUAUCAAAAGAAACCAUCAGCCCCAUCCGACACAACCCCUUCAUCCGCUCUGAGAACAGUUGGAGGAGAGACAACAGGAGAGAAGUAAUCAGAGAUGCAGAAACUGAUUAUAAAAAGGCAGAUAAUAACAUGGGGAGAGAAAGAAAUAGAGAAAUAGAGAAAGAAGGAGGUAGAUGUCAGGAGAAGGAGUUUUGGAGAGGACAAGAAAGAGAGAUGUGGGUAGAAAAUAGAGGAAAUAAAAGUGAAGGAAGAGAAAGAGACAGAAAUAUUGUGAGAGAACGGGUAAAAGAAUGCAGAGAGGUAAAUGGUAGCACGUCUCUCUUUCCUGCAGUCACAGGUCUUUGUACAAUCAAUGCAGACAACAUUAUUAUCAUUGAGAAAGACCAAAAUGGUAAGGAAAGACUGGAUAAAAGGGAGAACGCUAGAGAAAAGGAGGCACAGGAGGAAGAGAAAAGGAUGAGGAUGGAUUUGAGGGAGUUUCUGGCUGGUGGAGGAAGCGUGACAGAGAUUAGGGCAUCAGAAGUUCUAAUUAUUAAACCCCCCAUUACAGAGGGGAAACCAGGAGAAGAGAUUGCUGUGGUGCAAGAGAGAGGGAUCAGCAAAGAAUGUUUAGUAGGGAGCAAAAGAGACAGAGUGAGACAGAGCAUGUGGAGAAAAGAGAUAGAUCAAGUUCCAGCUUGUGAGACCUUGACGUCAAAGACAGUCAUGCAAAGAGUAGAGAGAAUCCCGAACUACAAGAAUAGAGGAGCUGCAGAGUGUAGUGGUCGGGUCAGUCAGCUUCUUAGUAAAUUCGGCGAACACCCCAAACCCCCAAUGAGGUCCAAGAGCACGGACUGCUUUAACCGGCCUGGCAAGAACCGGGCCAGAUACAGCACAGGAGACCUGUUUGUACAAGUGGAGCAGAGUAAAGAGGAAGAGGGCACAAGGCCUACGUUCAGAGGUGUUCCCAAACGUUCCUUUAGCUUCUCUGACCGUGUAGUGUGCCACCAGGGGAACGGAGAAUGUGAGGAGGACAUAGAGUAUAAGGUGGUGGAGAGGAUGUACUCUGACCGCAAGGUUAAACCACACGUGAUGGUUUCGGGCACCAACCAGUCAGGGAGUGAACCAAAGGUCACAAGGCGAUGGGGGCGGCCCAAAUAUGGUGAACAGGAGGUGUUGCAUGAUAAAACACAGAAAGAGAGGAAUGACUCUGUUUGUGGAGAGAUGGAGGUACGGAUGUCAAGUGUAGACAGACAAGAGGAUUUCAAAGUGGCCUCCAUCAAAAUCCCUGAAGGCAUCACAUUCGCUCGUCGAAUUCCUAUCAAACAGGACAGGAGGGAAAGCAGCUUAGAAAGAGAGAGCAAGAGAGUGAGAGAGGAGAAUGAAAGUGAGAUACAGAGAUACAAGAGGAAAGAGAAUGAGAGAGAGACAGUGGAAAGACAUACAUACAUAGAAUUUCAAACUGAAGCAAAAGCAAAAUCCAAGAGGAAGUGGGAUCAGGAGGACAUAACUGUGGCCUUAGAACAAUCCCACGGUAAAUAUAUUCCACUCGCAGAUGACAGCAUGGAUUACAACACAACAAUAGAUUACUCUAUAGACACCCGAAGCCAAGGAGUCCCCACUCUCUCUGUAGAUUCCUGUCUGCUGUCUGCAGCUUAUUGUGGACAAAGACAAGCCUCAGCCCAAGCCGCCCUCUCCCAGCACACAGAGGAUCUGCUCUGUAAAAUAGAAAGUGUCCAGAUGGAUAGAGAGCUCAAGAGGUCAGGGCAGAUGUCACAUGGAGAAACAGAUAUGAUCUCUGGUGAAAUAAAUGAACAUCUGAACACUUCUCACACUCAAAAAGAGCAUCAACUGUAUCAGAAAGUACCAGAACAAGCCACUGAGGAAAGUCAUUUUACCUCCCAGACCCCUCAACAGGUUCAGAGCAAAUCCUGCACACAGGAGGAAGUCACCAUUCCCAGAACAGUGUUUUAUGGAAUCGAUAUAUCACCAGAGAGGAGAAGGACAAUUCUCCCCACAGAUAAUGUACAGAUUGCUGGUGAAGGAGGAGUGGAGAGGAGAGGGAGCUGGAAGGCUGGCCCAUCUUUGACCCGAGUGGAGUCUCUGAGAGAGAGAAUCCGGCAGCGAGAGGAGAAGAGGCAAAAAAGUAGAGAGACAGAGGAAAGAGAGAAGAUGGAGGCCAAAGUGAUGGAUGACAGAGAAAAGGACAGGGCAGUAGUAGAACAAACUAUGAGAGAAGUGGCACAGUAUCAACAGGAAAAAAACACAUUGCAGACUCUCAAACAUUUUGAAGUCACACAGGAAGUUAGCAUGGCAAAGUCAAGCCCUCAACUUCCUGUUCCUGUUUCUCGGUCGAUCUUGCAAUCAGCCUCGACAGAAAGAGAAGUCAGGGAGAUCUCCAGAGACGUAUCUGAAACAGGGAGAGAGACAGCACACCAUGUAGAGAGUGGAACAUUUGGCAUUUGGAGAAGACCGGACACUGACAGAGCAUACGAAAGAGAGAGAGAGGAAGAGCUGUUAGAAGAAAACUAUCUUCCUCCCUCUCCCUCUCCCUCCCCACCUCUUUCAGACUCACUAGACGUCAUGAGUCGGAUCUAUAACCUCAAAACGGUGGGCUCUAGGACUGCGGUGUGUAUCGGUGAAAGGGCCGCUGAUAUUCCAACACACAGUGGUAAGAUACAGGGGCAAUACAACCCCAUCAGACACGCUUCAUCUCCGGACGUUCUGCCAGAAACUGCCAAACUGUGGAAUCAUGGGAUGAUUAGAGAUGGUGACACAACUGAGACAGUGGAUUCGACAGGUGUUCAGAUGGUACAGCAUCAGGUAGAACGGCUGCAGCUUAAGGAACAGGAAGCAGAAUGUGGUUCCCACAACAUCAGAAAGGCACAGUCCAGCAUUCAGAGUAGUCUGGCUACAGAACAGGAGGUAAGGAUGCCCGAAGGUCAGAAGAGACCAGACAUUCUCAGAGAGAUGCAAAUAUCACAAACAACUACAAGCCCAAGAUUUCCACAAGCCCAACAGAAAAUCCAGAGGUCGCAUCCCAAAUCUGAGCAGCUCAGGACAUUCACAGUCAAAGCCCAGAACACCCAAUCAACAGAGAUCUCUCCAAAGCCCUCAGAACAAGGCAACAACUUUCCAUCAUCCUCUUCUCCCUGCACCCCAUCUCCAUCCCCAUCUCCACCUCUCUUUUCCAUCAGGAGUGCCUCAGGUGGACCAGGAAAGAGAGGAACUACCAUCACAAUCACCCCCAGGAGACCUGGAGGAGCAUCCCCUUCUGGAGGGACCCCCUUUCCCUCCAGAGCAGCACCUCAGGGCCCAGCACCCACACCAGCCUCAAGUGGUACCAUGGAAGCAGGAAAAAAGAGGUAUCCCACAGCGGAAGAGAUUGAGGUGAUCGGAGGGUACCAGAACCUUGAGCGGUCAUGCUUGGUAAAGAGCAGAGGGACACUGAAAGCUGUGAAGGUGUGUUUUGAUGACACUCAGCUGGAGAAAGUUUGUGAGUACCCUUCAGAGGACUGUGUGCUUGCAUCCCUCCCCUGCUCUCCUCAUCCAGGGCCAGAAGACAGGAGGGAGGAGGGGGGGUGUGAGGUGGAGCAGGAGGCCGAGGGACAGGAGGAAGAUGAUGAUGAGGAGAUUGGAGCGUUUGUAUCCCGCACUGGCAUGAGUGUGUGCACAGGGAGGGUUCGAUUCCUAAAAGUUGAUGAAUCCUGUAAACGUUAGCCAUCUGUCUGCAUGAUGAACAAUGGUAACAUUUAAUUUUUGAAUUGUUACAGGUUUUAAAUGUAUUUUGUUCUAUACCUGUACAGAAGCUUUAAGUAAUGAUAGAGUUGUUGAUUUUUUUUAUUUUUAUUAGUCCUGCUUUUCUUGUCAGAAAAUAAAAGACUUUACAAUUAAUUAUUUUAAAAGCAUUUUUAUUUUGUUCACAAUCAGAGAAAAUGUUCUAAAAAUAAACUUUGAUUUUAUGCUGAUUGUAUGUUAAUGUGUGCCGUACAGCCUGAUGAGUGCUGAUUCACAGAGAGAUGUCCUCAGGCCCUAUAUGAUGGUUUGCACAAUUUACAGAGUUUUACAAAUAAUAAUAUCCUAAUAUCCUCUAUGGUCUGAGGCUUUGUGCUCAGAGUAUAUUUUCACAAUAACUGGAAAUGGUGGGUUUAUGUUAUAUUAUAUUUUCUGUAUUACAUUUGAGGGGCUUUUUUAUUAUUUAUAAAUGAAAAUAUAACACUUGAGUGCUCAACUGAGAUGUUGCUCUAUCGUUGCCUCUAGUAAUUGGUGUAAAGGCAAGAACUCAAUUGUUCCUUAUGGUCAGACUGAGCCAUAUUUCAAAUAUCUCUGUGUUUAUUUUAUUUUGAGCUGAGGUAAAUGAUUAUGUCAGUUGUGGAAGAAUGAUUUUGGAUUAAUAAAAGAUGAAAUAUUUUGAGGGA